AUGAGUCGGAUCUGGGAGGAUGUCUACACUCGACAGUCCAAUUCUCUAGAGAUGAAGUCCCCCGCACUAGCCCUAACCCUAGCAGUAGCAAGUCUACUCUCAGGAUCCCUUGCCUCCGACAGGGUCAGCGUUCCUGAAUCGUUUCUGAAAAGCCUUCGCUCGCCUCGACCAUUCCACGCCAGGGAUUCCCCCGCACGCAACCGGACCUGCGUAGCAGAGAGCCACAAUGACCACACCACCGACGACUCGGAGUACCUCCUGGAAGCCGUCAAUGCGUGCAAUCAUGGCGGCCACGUUCUCUUCCCACGAGAGCAGAACUAUCUAAUCGGCCGAGCCCUCAACCUCACGCAUCUCUCGCACGUCGACCUCGACAUCCAAGGCGCGAUCCAGUUCUCCGAUGACCUGACAUACUGGCAGAACCACACCUUCGACCUCGAGUUCCAGAACAGCACCAGCUUCGUCCUGCUAGGCGGUAAGGAUGUCAAUGUCUACGGCGGCGGGUCAAUCCACGGCAACGGGCAGCCGUGGUGGGAUGCCUAUGCGAAAGACAAGACUAUUAAACGACCUAUUCUCCUGGCCACGGCGGGCUUGCAGGGCGGGUCGAUCUCGGACCUGAAGAUGCUGAGUUCGCCGUUUUGGCAUAAUAUUGUGAUGGACUCGGCGGAUGUUACGUUCCAUAAUAUCUAUAUGUAUUCGGUCAGCGAUAAUGAAAAUUUCGAGAAGAAUACCGACGGUUGGGAUACGUAUCGCUCGACGAGGAUUACGAUCCAGAACUCGACGGUGAAUAAUGGUGAUGACUGCGUCAGUUUCAAACCCAACAGCACCGACAUCACCGUCCGCAAUAUGCACUGCAAUGGCACCCACGGCAUCUCAGUCGGCAGUCUGGGCCAGUACCCCUCGCGCGUCGACUACGUCGAGAACAUCCACGUCUUCAACGUGAGCAUGUAUAACUCGUCCGAGGGCGCGCGUAUCAAAGUAUGGCCUGACGCGUACUCCGAGAAAUCCACUAGUUUGGUCGGUGGUGGAGGUCGCGGGCUCGUCCGCAAUGUCACUUACGAUACGAUGUGGUUGGAUAAUGUUGAUUACGGGUUGACUAUCACGCAGUGCUAUGGGCAGGAUGAUGAGGAGGAAUGCUUUAAGCAUCCGGCAAAAUUGAACAUCACCGAUGUGAAGUUCCAUAAUAUCCGGGGGCGGACGAAUCGCGUGUUUGCGCCGCUAGUUGCGCAUCUGGUCUGUUCUAGUCCGGAGACCUGUUCAGGAAUUGAGGCGAAGGAUGUCGAUAUUCGGUCCAUCAACGGGUCGAAUUUGGUGACGUGUCGGAACGUAGAUCGGACGAAGCUGGAUCUGAAUUGUGUGGAUUGGAGUAAGGGGUAUAAUCCUGCUUGA